AUGGUACAGACUACCAGUGAGUAUUUGGAGCCCCAGUCAAUAGACUCCACAAUUGAAUCCACCGGGGGCGGAAAUGUGACAACUUUGACAACCGGAACGCGUUCCACAUUGCCAGACAAAACUUUGUCUCAAAAAUCAGCCACCUUGCACGAGGAACGAACUCUGAAUCCGAUUGAGUUGCAUUUCCGAAAUUUGACUACCAGGAAAAUGUUCCGAUUGCAACGGUAUCUUCUCGGUGCGGUCAGCGCUGUGAAGUCUGCAACAAAGGCAAAAAUCUUCAACCAGGACGAGGAAAGUUCCGAUGAAGAUGAGGAGGUUAUUGGAAAUCAAGGCAUUCGAAUUCGAUCGUCCAGACAAGCCCGGGGACGCAGAGAGUUCUUGCAAGUUAAACUCGUGCAAGAAAUGAAGAAUGAGCAUACGGGAGCAAUUUGGGCUAUGCGCUUUUCGCCAUGUGGUCGAUUAUUGCGCUGGCAGGGCGGGUUAACUGGAUUGGAGCGUUUGUCAUCAAGACGAGCCAUCUGCUCUCAGUUUGCUAAAAAAAGUCUAGUAGACGAAGGAAUAGAUGCCGGCCUGUGA